AUGCUCAGUGGUGAUAUUACAACUCGACGGGCAUCAAUAAUUGUUAGCCUUGGAAUAGGCGUUGGUGUUGCAGUAAUCGGUUAUUUUGCUGUACAAAGGUUUUGGCGAAGCCUUCGUAGAAGAGAAUCUGAAAAAUAUGACGAUAGUGCUGAAAACCUUCCAAAUGGUGUUGUUGUUCCCGAAACACGAAUAGGUAGGACCAGAGCGUUUGGGUCAUCACAGCGAAGUUUAUUCAAACCAAACAAUAUACCCUCCGCUGAAUUGGAUCUACUUUCCAGUUUACAAUCGAUGCAAGAAAUAUUGCUCCGGAUGGAACGAGCAACUCUUGCACUGGAUAUGGUGAAAAAUCGUUCAGAAAAAGAUUGUAAACGAUCGGACUUACUUUCUUCUGUAUUAGACAGGUUACGAAUUUUGGAAACAGACAUUAUAAGAAUAGUGCAGGAAGGUGGUUAUGAGAAAGAAAUUCUAUCUAGCGAUGAAACAUUUUGGUCAGCAAGAGAAUCGCAACGGGCGGGCACUUUAUCAGUUCUCUCUGACGAUUCAUUCUGGUCAGCCUACGACGAAUUUCCGGUAAGCAUAGAUGAUGCUGAUGUUCUGAUGCGUGAACCAUUAAACUUGGAUAAAGACGUAUUACUUUUCUAUCAAGAGGGUGUAGCAGCUGCGCAGACGGGCGAAGUAAAUUGCAGGAAAAUAAGAACAGAAUUUUGCUGCUGUGAGGACGAUGCUGAUUUCAAAGCUAAAGUCUGGUGCAUACGGCAAGCAUUCACUGAAAUUUUAUUAGACGAACAUAAUCGUGUACGGUUAUCUCAAGCCGGGCGUCAACUAAUUGCAGAUUUAUUGCGACACUCCAGCAAAGACCCUAGUCCGUUUUACUUAGCUUAUGAUGCUAUGAUGGAAUAUUUGAAUGAAACUCAGCAUCUAGAAAUUGUUGAUAGGGAAUUAAAACAAAGAGGAGUACCACAGUUGGGAUUUUGGGACGUUGUUCUAGACUAUAUUUUGAUUGAUGCAUUUGAAGACCUUUCGCGACCACCAUCCGCUGUUCUGGCUGUUACUAGAAACGUGUUUUUAAAUCAGGCAAUGAAGGAAUCGACAUUAUCAACGGUGAUUUGGUCUAUGCUGAAAGCUAAACGCGCUAGACUUGCGGUAGCUAAUGGAUUUAUAUCACAUUUCUACGAUAUCUCGGAAGUAGCUUCUCCAUCCAUUACUUUAGGUUUCUUGGGAACCGAUGAGCACUUACGCGAGUUAUGUCACUAUUUCAAAGAACAGAUAUGCUCCUUCAUUGUUGAUAUAUUUAACGUGAAGAAAGUGAGAUACACAUCGCUAAAAGAUCUUUCUGAGGAUAUACGUCUAAUUCUCGAAACACGUCUCGAAAUGAUUCAGACUAGAUUAAGCACUGAAUUACUUCCACCAUCAUAA